AGCCGGGUUGUUCCAUCUAGCGGCGCAAGCCGAAUUCUGCCGAGGGGACCCGACUGCGCCACGGCCCUAAAUUGAAGGCUGCUGGACGCGCCCCACCCAACAGCCAGGUGGAGCCAGCGAUGCUGGCCUGGGAUGCAAGGCCCCGCCCGGGCCCCGGGCCGCCUCUGGCCUUACCCUUCCCGCUGGUACUGCUCAUGGUGUUGAGUGGCUCUGUGUCCGGCCGCGUCCCCCGUUCGGUUCCCAGGACCUCGCUUCCCAUCUCCGGUAAGGCGCGGACGCCCUCGCCCUUAGUCCCUCCCUUGCACCGCGCCCACCCCUCGCCGGCAGGUGUCACCCCAACCCCAAACCCAACCCGGGGACAGCGUCCGGAGCGCCCCAACGCUUUGCACAGCGUCUCACGGCGCACUCUCCGCUGGAACCCGGAUGAAAUCCCCACGCUGUGCUACUCCAUCGCAGGCCCGGCCGGGGCCUCCUCACACCUCGGCUUCCACGACGCACCCUGGCUGCUUCCUCAGGCCCAUACCGUGCAGAUACCGACACUGAGGCCCAGGAAGGGAAUGGGAUUGCUGGAGAGGCUGACGCCUAUCUCACCAGGUUUGCUGUCCCUCAUACAUACGAUUACUCUGUUCUCCUUGUGGAUCCUGCUACCCAAACUCUUUAUGUCGGCGCCCGAGACACCAUCUUCGCUUUAUCUCUGCCCUUCUCAGGGGAGAGACCCCGAAGGAUUGACUGGAUGGUGCCUGAGGCUCACAGACAGAACUGUAAGAAGAAAGGCAAGAAAGAGGAUGAAUGUCACAAUUUUGUCCAGAUUCUCGUCAUUGCCAAUGCCUCUCACCUCCUCACUUGUGGCACCUUCGCUUUUGAUCCGAAGUGCGGGGUUAUUGAUGUGUCCAGUUUCCAGCAGGUUGAAAGACUUGAGAGUGGCCGGGGGAAAUGUCCUUUUGAGCCAGCUCAGCGGUCAGCAGCUGUAAUGGCUGGGGGGAUUCUCUAUGCUGCCACUGUGAAAAACUACCUGGGGACGGAGCCAAUUAUCUCCCGGGCUGUGGGUCGCGCUGAGGACUGGAUUCGCACAGAGACCUUGCCAGCCUGGCUUAAUGCCCCAGCCUUUGUCGAAGCCGUGGCCCUGAGUCCAGCCGAGUGGGGGGAUGAAGAUGGUGAUGACGAAAUCUACUUCUUCUUUACGGAGACUUCCCGAACAUUUGACUCAUAUGAGCACAUCAAGGUCCCACGGGUGGCCCGUGUGUGUGCGGGGGACCUUGGGGGCCGGAAGACCCUUCAGCAAAGGUGGACAACAUUCCUGAAGGCUGACCUGCUGUGUCCAGGCCCUGAGCAUGGCCGAGCCUCCACUGUCCUGCAGGACAUGGCUGAGCUUCGACCUGAUCUUGGAAUAGGAACCCCCGUCUUCUAUGGCAUCUUCUCUUCCCAGUGGGAAGGGGCUGCCAUCUCUGCUAUCUGUGCCUUCAGACCCCAAGACAUUCGGACAGUAUUGAAUGGUUCAUUCAGAGAGCUAAAACAUGACUGCAACAGGGGACUACCUGUCAUGGACAAUGAUGUGCCCCAGCCCAGACCUGGAGAGUGUAUCACCAAGAACAUGAAGCUCCAGCAGUUUGGGUCAUCACUCUCCUUGCCUGAUCGAGUGCUCACCUUCAUCCGGGAUCACCCACUCAUGGACAGGCCAGUGUUUCCCGCUGAUGGUCAUCCCCUGCUGGUCACUACGGAUACAGCCUAUCUCAGAGUGGUGGCCCACAGGGUGACUAGCCUCUCAGGGAAAGAGUAUGAUGUGCUCUACCUGGGUACAGAGGAUGGACACUUGCACCGAGCAGUAUGCAUUGGAGCCCAGCUUAGUGUCCUUGAGGAUCUGGCGUUGUUCCCAGAGCCACAGCCAGUUGAAAACAUGAAAUUAUACCAUGGCUGGCUCCUGGUUGGCUCCCGUACUGAGGUGACACAAGUGAACACAAUCAACUGUGGUCGUCUCCUGAGCUGCUCAGAGUGUAUCCUGGCCCAGGACCCUGCCUGUGCUUGGAGCUUCCAGCUAGAUUCAUGUGUGGCCCAUGCUGGGGAGCUCCAAGGGUUGGUCCAAGACAUAGAGUCAGCAGAUGUCUCUUCUUUGUGUCCCAAAGAGCCUGGAGAACACCCAGUAGUGUUUGAAGUUCCUGUGGCCACAUCUGCACAUGUGGUCUUGCCAUGUUCCCCCAGCUCAGCAUGGGCAUCCUGUGUGUGGCAUCAGCCCAGCGGAAUGACUGCACUCACCCCCCGGCGUGAUGGGCUAGAGGUGGUGGUGAGCCCAGGGGCCAUGGGUGCUUACGCCUGUGAAUGUCAGGAGGGUGGGGCAGCCCGUGUGGUAGCAGCUUACAGCUUGGUGUGGGGCAGCCACCAGGGCCCCUCAAACCGAGCCCACACAGUGGGGGCUGGACUGAUUGGCUUCUUCCUGGGGGUUCUUGUAGCAUCUCUGACUCUCCUCUUGAUUGGUCGGUGUCAGCAGAGACGGCAACAGAGGGAACUUCUGGCUAGAGAUAAGGUGGGCUUAGACCUAGGGGCCCUACCGUCUGGGACCACAAGCUACAGCCAAGACCCUCCCUCCCCUUCUCCUGAAGAUGAGCGGUUGCCUCUGGCCCUGGCCAAGAGGGGUAGUGGCUUUGGUGGCUUCCCUCCACCCUUCCUGCUUGAUCCUUGCUCGAGCCCGGCCCAUAUUAGGCUCACCGGGGCUCCACUGGCCACAUGUGAUGAAACAUCCAUCUAGAGCCAGGCAAAUGAGUGAAUGCUGGAACAAAGUGACCACUGAGACCAGGUCGCUGGGCCUGGAAGACUAUCAUGGCCUCUCAUUUUUUGUUGAGUCUGAAUGAUCACCUGGAUGUCAGUGUCUGCCCUGUCUGGGCCUGGAUGGGCUUGGGGCCAGGCCUUUGUCUGAUUCCUGAUUCCCAUGAGAAUUGGGGCUGCAGUGAAUUAGGUUGCCUCCUCUCCUCAACUUGUGAGCUCCUAUGACCCUUCAGCCAUGAGCUACUAUCUUGGGCCCUUUUUUUGGUUAUGGGGCACAAGAUAGAACCCUGACUGCUUUCUAGGUGGGCUCUGGUCAGGAGGAAGAGCGAUGGAGGUAGUUGGGGGCCAAUAUGAACUGAGUCCUUGAGAUGGUUCUGUUGAUUCUCUAUUUUACUGAUUCUCUGUGGUGAGUGCAUGAUCCCUAUGCUGCAAUGUGGAACCUCUGCCUGAAGCCCCCUACCCCAGUUUUCCUUUUUCCAUGAAAGAGUGUGUGUAAAUACAUUGGUGUUCAUAGAAGACCUGGCUACAUGUGUAUGAGUGACCAGGCUGAAGCUUAGGUGUUGUGGGGAGGGGGGAGGUUGAAGUGGGGCCAAUACCUGCACAACUCCACACCCUGCACCUAGUGAGUGGCUUUUUUUUCUAAAAGGCAACAAAACACUGCCCUCUCUCCAUUGACCCACAACCUUUUUCUAAAUCUGAGUAGAGAGAAGCUCCUGAAGUGAUCUUCUGGGUGGGAAGGGCCCUAUUACGUGUGACCCCAUCCUUCUGUUUAUUUUUGCCACCACUGCCAUGACAUAGAUGCUCUUUCCCUGCCUAGAGUGUAGGUUGAACCUCUUUUCCUUGGCAACCAUUAAAAAUGAACUUCACAACAUUCUAAAUAUUAGAGGACAGCAAAAGGGGUACAGUAACAGGAAAUAUAAGCAGCUUAAAGAUAAGUUGGAUCAGUGACUUUACUCAGGUUGACUCCUCUGCCCUCAAGCAGGAGUCCCCCACCUCAGGUCCAUGGGCUCCCUAAAAUUGUAUGCAAAAUGUUGUCUGUACAUUUGUACAUGUGUGUCUGUAUUUUUCUGGGGGGUGGCUGGUGGGGUAUGGCUUUCAUCAGAUUCUCAAGGCCUUACAACAUUCAAGGACCACUUCCCGGAGGUCACUGCACUUGGGCCAAGCCAAGAAGGUGCCACUCUAUGGCAGCUCCUCCUAGCCUCGCCUUGCUGCCUGUGGCCAGUCCCUGGACUUGUAGCUGCUGAAGGUCCUCCCUCUGUUUCUAUAGUCCAUGGAAGCUGGGUUCUGCAUAUUUGAAGACACUGUCAACUCUCACUCAAUGUCCGGAACUUCCUGCUUUGUAAUUCCCACGUGCUCUAGGCUUCUCCUGCCCGGUCCUGGUCUUGGCCUGUGAAUGUGCCUCUUUCAUCCCUAGUGAGGGACUCCUUCAAGGUCCAGUGAAUGGCCUAGUCCUUUCCAGUUGAAGUUUUCUGCUCUACUUUCCUUGACAGCAGCCUGUGAACUACUCAAGAGUCCCCUUGGGUUUGAAAUUUCAGUGGGUUUGCCAUGAAGAAGCAUAUAAUCUUGGGGAUGUAUUCUAACCUAGGGACAUUGGCUUACUCAUCUGUAAAACGGGGAUAGUAAUACCUACCUCAGGGUUGCUGCAAGGAUUAAAUGAGAAAACAUGUAAACAAUAAAGCACUAUAUGUACAAGUA